GUACUUCACAGGUAUCGCGCGGAGGUCAAUCUGUGACCCUUGUGGGAACAAGUUUGGUGAUAUUUGGGGGACAAGAUGCAAAGCGGACACUCUUGAGUGAUCUACAUAUACUUGACUUAGAGACCAUGACAUGGGAUGAAGUUGAUGCUGUAGGUGUGCCUCCUUCAGCUAGAUCUGAUCAUGCUGCUGCUGUACACGUGGACCGUUACCUUGUUAUUUUUGGUGGGGGGUCGCAUGCUACUUGUUUCAAUGACUUGCAUGUCCUCGAUUUGCAAGCUAUGGAAUGGUCAAGACCCACACAACAAGGUGAAAUCCCAACUCCAAGAGCAGGGCAUGCAAGUGUGACAAUUGGGGAGAAUUGGUUUAUUGUUGGUGGCGGUGACAACAAGAGUGGUGCGUCAGAAACUGUUGUUCUCAACAUGUCUACACUUACGUGGUCCGUUGUGACAUCAGUUCAAGGACGCGUUCCACUUGCCAGUGAGGGCUUGAGUUUGGUAGUAAGCUCCUUCAAUGGUGAAGAUAUACUUGUAUCUUUUGGAGGCUAUAAUGGGCGUUAUAACAAUGAGGUUAAUGUUCUUAAGCCAAGUCACAAGUCAUCCCUGCAAUCAAAGAUGAUGGAAGCUCCUGUGCCUGUCAGCGUUCCUGCUGUGCAUAGUGCUACAAACCCUACCAGAGAUUUGGAGUCUGAGUUUGAAGUUGGCCAAGAAGGAAAAAUUCGAGAAAUUGUUAUCGAUAACAAUGACCCAGAGUCCACAAAAGCCAAGGGUGGGAAAACUGGUGAACACGUUGUAACAGUACUGAAGGUAGAGAAAGAAAAGUUGGAAUCAUCACUCAACAAGGAGAAGUCGCAAAAACUUAAGCUUAAGCAGGAAUUAAUGGAAGCUGAGACUCGAAACACAGACUUGUAUAAGGAGCUCCAAUCUGUACGAGGUCAACUUGCUGCUGAGCAGUGAAGAUGUUUCAAACUAGAGGUUGAUGUUGCAGAACUAAGACAGACGCUCCAGACAAUGGAAACGCUGCAAAAGGAACUUGAACUCCUACAGCGUCAAAGAGCUGCUUCUGAGCAAGCUGCCUUAAAUGAAAAGCAGAGGCAAAACUCAGGUGGUGUAUGGGGUUGGCUUGCAGGAAGCUCGCCCUCCCCCUAGAGAGGUGAUGCCUGAUAUACUUGAAAGCCUGAUUAUAUAGUAAUUGCUAGUGCCUUCAUUCAUCACUUUAUUCCUUCAGUCGUCAGAUAAUCUAAUGGUACAACCCAUUUUUUUCUUCAGUCAGAAUUAUUAACCUCUGUCCCUGCUGGGCGGCAGUUUUUUGUUUCAAAUUGGAUUACAUGUCAUGUAGUUUCAAUUAGCUUUAUAUGGCCGUGGGUUUGAUAUUUUUCCUGUUACAGGAAAUCUCCCUCCAUUCAGAGUGAAUAUAUUCAAUGAAAUUAUAGGUAUAAAUUUUUUGCUACCAA